AAUAAUCAAUUGUCGUUCAGUCAAAGUUGAAAAUCGACACAAAAAAAAUUGUUUCUUUAUUUUUUUGCAUUUUUAAAUUAAAUUUUUAGUUUUUUUAAUAAAAAAAAUUUUCAAAUGUUGAGACAAGUGUCAAAAUUUGCAUCUUCUAUUCAAAAAGGUCAAAGUCCAAUUUCUGUUAUUGUUGCAAGAGGAUUUUGCGUGAUGAAAGAUCAAAAAUUCGAGACUUUAGCGGUGAAUUUUCCGAAACCAUUCGUCGCUCAUGUCGAAUUAAAUCGCCCGGAUCGAUUAAAUGCCUUCAAUAAAAAAAUGUGGUAUGAAAUCGGCGAUUGUUUCUCCUCCCUGAGCGAAAACCCCGACUGCCGAGUUGUCGUUCUUUCCGCAUCUGGCAAACAUUUCACCGCCGGAAUCGAUCUCAUGGACAUGCUUUCGCUCGGACAACAACUCGCCGAUGUCGAAGAAGUUGCCAGAAAGGGACAUUUGUUGGAAAAAAUGAUCAAAAAGUACCAAGACUCGAUUUCUUCGUUGGAAAUUUGCACAAAACCCGUCAUUGCGUGCGUUCACUCGGCUUGCGUUGGAGCUGGCGUCGAUUUAAUUACCGCCGCUGACAUUCGAUAUUGCUCGAAAGAUGCCUGGUUUCAAGUUAAAGAGGUCGAUAUUGGGAUGGCAGCUGAUGUCGGAACGUUGCAACGUUUGCCGAAAGUCAUCGGAUCACAAAGUCUCGUGCGGGAAUUAUGUUUCACGGCGCGUAAAGUCAAAAGUGACGAAGGACUCGCAUGCGGGUUAAUUUCGAAAGUUUUCGAAAGCAAAGAGGAAAUGUUGAAAGGAGCGAUCGAGUUGGCGAAUGAAAUUGCGGCGAAAAGUCCCGUUGCGGUUCAAGCCACGAAGAAAAAUUUGAUUUAUUCGCAAACGAAGGAGAGUCAGGAAGGGUUGGAUCAAAUUCGAGAGAUGAAUAAACUUUAUUUGCAAAGUGAGGACUUUGUGAAUGCCUGCAUGGCGCAAGCUACGAAGGGAGAUCCGCCAGUUUUUUCGAAAUUGUAAAUUUUUCUUUGAUUUGAAGCUAUUUUUGUCAGCAUUUUUUUCAAUAAAAUUUUUUAAUACU